AUGAAACGCAUUUGCGGGUCCCGUGAUGAUGACAUUAAUAACGACGAAAGAAGAUCUCCUUACAACCGUCUUACGACGGCGCAAACAGCUAGACUUGAAAAUUUCAUGAAAGAAUGCAAUCAUCCAAAUGAGACCCAACAACAACAAUUGGCUGAGGAGCUUGGGCUUCAGCCCAAACAAGUUAAAUAUUGGUUCCAGAAUAAAAGAACUUUGUUGAAGAACCAACACGAGAAACAACAUAACAAUAAUCUUCGUUUGGAGAACGAAAGACUUCGUAAUGAAAACCUCCUAAUGAAAGAGGCACUGAAGGCCACAAAGUGUGAACCUUGUGGGGGUCCCCCAUUUCCGAUGGAAGAACAUCAACAUUACAUGCACAAGAUGCAACAAGAAAAUGCUGAGCUUAAAAAAGAGGUUUCUAAAAGUUUCAUGGAGAGCAAUGAACUUGACAAUCCACCAAUGGUUUAUCAAACAUCAAGUCAUCUUCAUCGUCUUAGUAAUCUAACUAUGAGGGAAGAUAUGUCGGUGAAUAGAUCAACACAAUGUUAUGAUGAAGAAAAGACAAUGAUGCUGCAAAUUGCAACUCUUGCUAUGCAAGAAUUGGAAAGGCUUGUAAGGGUUAACGAGCCUUUCUGGAUCAACUUUUCAAAUACUCAUCAAGAUGAGAGAUACACUCUUGAUCAUGAAAGGUAUUGUCAAUUUUUUCCCAAGAACAAUCACAUUAGAGGUGAUAAUGUUUAUAAGGAAUCUUCAAAGUAUUCAGGAAUAAUUGGACUUGAUGGCAUGAAAUUGGUUGAUAUGUUUCUUGACUCGGACAAAUGGAGAAACUUGUUCCCAACAAUUGUUACUAAAGCGGAAACUACCAAAGUUCUUGAAAUCGGUUUGCCUGGAAAUCGAGAUGGAGCUUUGUUGUUGAUGAAUGAAGAAAUGCAUAUUUUAUCACCUCUAGUGCGGCCUCGUGAAUUUAACAUAAUUCGCUAUUGCAAACAAGUUGAUGUUGAUGUAUGGGUGAUAACCGACGUGUCAUUUCAUUCUUCUAGACCAAACACACCACCUCUGUCUCACUCUUGGAAACAUCCUUCUGGAUGUAUAAUUCGUGAAAUGCCUAACAAGUCAUGUUUGGUUACUUGGGUUGAGCAUGUGGAAGUGGAAGAUAUGCUUCAUACACACCACAUUUUUAGAGAUUUUGUGGUUAACAAUACUUUAUAUGGAGCUGAAAGCUGGAUCAAGGAGCUUCAAAGAAUGUGUGAGAGAUUUUUUAGUUUUUAUGCUGAAACUGUACCGGCUGGAGAAUCUAUAGGAGUGAUCCAAACAAUUGAAGGGAGGAGGAGUGUGAUGAAGCUUGCUGAUAGAAUGGUUAAGAUUUUUUGUGAAUGUUUAAGAAUGGCUGGUCAAUUAGAAUUCCAACAUUUGAAUCUUGAAAGUAGCAUUGGUGGGGUUAGAGUUUCUCUUCGCCAAGCCACUGACAUAGGCCAAGGCAUAGUUGUUGCUGCUGCUACCACCCUUUGUCUCCCUCUGCCUGCUGAAUAUGUUUUUGAUUUCCUCAAAGACCCUACAAAAAGAUAUCAGUGGGAUGUUAUGGCUUAUGAAAAUCCAAUGUAUGAGAUUGGCCACGUUUCAAAUGGACUCAAUCCUGGCAACUACACUACAAUUUUUCAGCCAUACAACCCUAGUGAGAACUCCACCAUGAUUUUACAAGAAAGUUUUACAUCUCCUGUGGGAUCAUAUGUUAUAUAUGCUCCAAUAGAUAUAAUAUCUAUGAAUGCAGUCAUAUGUGGUGAAGACUCAACAAAGCUACCAAUUAUUCCCACUGGAUUUGUUGUGUGUCCAUAUGCACAACCAAAUGCAACUUUUGAAGCAUCUAACAAUAUUGGAACUAACACAUUGUUAACUUUGGCCUAUCAAAUUUUGACAUGUAAUCCAAAUGGAAUUGAUCAACACCAAAACAUGGAAGCUUUUGCUACUAUGAACACCCUUCUGACCACUAGUGUUCUAAAAGUAAGGGGUGCUCUCAUGAACUCUUAUUAA